CCCUGCUCUAGAGGAAGUCACACGAGGUCCAGGCUGUCUGACCGGGGACAGACACACAGGAAGGCUUACUGCGUUCCAAAAUGGCAUCUUCCUUUUAUCAAGUUUUCCUAGUUAUUAGCCUCUGGGCUCCGAUGUAUUGUGUGUCCCCGCCCAGCCCCCCCAGCAAAGGAGCCCCCCGCCCACCCUCCGCGAGGAGCACCCCUGCCUCCCAGGUGGCCGCCAGCAACACCGACUUCGCCUUCCGCCUGUACCGGAGGCUGGGCUUGAAGGCCCCGAGUGAGAACAUCUUCUUCUCCCCGGUGAGCGUCUCUGCCUCCCUGGCCAUGCUCUCCCUCGGGGCCCGCUCGGCCACCAAGAGCCAGCUCCUCCAGAGCCUGGGGUUCAACCUCACGCGCAUGCCCGAGUCCGCCGUGCAGCAAGGCUUCCAGCACCUGGUCCACGCGCUCGGCGCGCCCAGCGCAGACCUGGACCUGAGCAUGGGGAGUGUCCUCUUCAUCAGGAAGGAGCUGCAGCUGCAGACAAGCUUCCUGGACAGCGUCCAGCGGCUGUACGGCUCCGAGGUCUCCUCCACGGACUUCUCCAACAGCUCCACCGCCCGGGAGAGGAUCAACAGCUACGUGGAGAAGGAGACCAAAGGGAAGGUUGUGGACUUAAUUCAGGACCUUGAACCUCAGACAGCCAUGGUCCUGGUGAACUACAUCUUCUUUGACGCCAAGUGGGAGAAGCCCUUUAACCCUACGUAUACGAGUAAAAUGUACCCGUUUGUGGUGGGCAAGACCACGGUGAAGGUCCCCAUGAUGCACCAGGUGGAGCAAUUUGCUUUUGGGGUGGAUCCGGAGCUGAACUGCUCUGUGCUGCAGAUGGACUACCGAGGAGACACCGCGGCCCUCUUCGUCCUCCCCAGCCCGGGCAGGAUGCGGCAGCUGGAGCAGGCCUUGUCCUCCAGGACCCUGACCAAGUGGAGCCACUUACUCAAGAAGAGGUGGAUAGAGGUGUUCCUCCCUAAGUUUUCCACUUCCACCUCCUAUGACCUGGAGACCGUGCUCCCGAAGAUGGGCAUCCGGGACGCCUUUGACAAAAAUGCCGAUUUUUCUGGAAUCACCAGGAAAGGCUUCCUGAAAGUUUCCAAGGUCACCCACCAGGCGGUGGUGGACGUCAGCGAGGAGGGCACCAAGGCCGCGGCGGCCACGGCCACCCAGCUCACGGCCCGCUCCAAGGACGGCUCCUCUCGCACCAUCUGCUUCAACAGGCCCUUCCUGAUGCUGAUCCUCAGCAGAGCCUCGCAGACCACGCUCUUCCUGGGGAAAGUGCGAGAUCCCACCCAGUUCCCGGCAGGGAAAGGCCUUUCUCGGACGACACGAUAACAACGCACAGGAAAUAACAAACCGCGUGGCUCACAGCGCUGUAUGGACCCACGGGUGGGGUCUCACACGUUGGCAGGUGUAGACCCCCGCGGGGCCUGGCCCAGAUGUCCUUGGGUGUGACCUUGAGCGUCCAGGGCUCCCACCUGGGCUUUGCUGUGCCUCACACAUCAGUCAGGCCAGAGCGCAUGCAGCCUGCAGCUCAGACGCAGCCGGGAGGGAGGAGCCUUAGUCUCCCAAGGGCCUCUCCGUGGGAACCGCUGUGCCAGCCCAACCAGCUUUCCUCUUGCUUCAUGGCUGUGAUUAAACACCUCUUCUUCACC